GAUCAAUCUGGCAAUUUACUUUCCUCGUGGAAUAACCAAGCUGGAUCCUUGCAAAAAUUUCGGGUCUCUUGCCUUCGCUCCAAAAGUCCCAAUUUUCACGAAACGCUAAAUCGCUCGACAAAUCAAUGGUGGCAAUCGCCGAAUCAUCUGAAGCAAAUGCAGACUCGCCGUCGACGUCGUUACCAGCAGAUAGAGUUAAGCAUGAAGAAAAGUCACAUACCGUGGGACAGGGACUGGGAGAGUUCGUCCCAUGGAUCGACAACGCAGUGCAACAGGCGCAGCUUGCACAGAAGACAGUAGAAAGCACCUUAGAGAAUGCAAUCGUUGUGACGAAAUCUCGUCUCGAUCGUAUUUUAACUACCUCCUCUGCACACUUCAAUCAAACACUUGAUUCCUUGCAAGAUCUAAAGUCUGAAUAUAGUGUAUAUGAGGACCUGGUUUUUGGGAAGAUCAGAGAGGGUCUUCUCCUUGCUGCUUCACACCCCCUAACAACUACUGGAGCUGUUCUUGGUGUUGGAGUCCUGGGUCUGAAAAGGCCAAGACGUUUUCUGUACUACAGUGCAAUGCGGCUAUUUGUGAGUGAAGAGGCCUUGCUUUCUAGGGCCGAUGCAAAAGUCAAAGAGUUACAGAAAUCAAUUGACUUUCUGAAGGCUGAAAGUGCGAAGUUGGAG